CCCACCCCAAUGAGAUGGCCCCACAAUUGCCAUUAAAUAGCCCCCUUGGAGGCAUGAAAUCCCACAAACACAAACACAAACACAGUAGUAAAGAGGAUCAGUGAGACUAGCUAGUUUGGAAAAUUUGAAUUGAAAAGAAAGAUGGUUUGCGUGAGAGAGCCUCUGGUUCAGAAAGUGCAGCAGCUAUACGAUCGCAUCUCGAAGCUUGAGGAUCUCCGCCCCUCGAAAGAGGUGGACGCCGUCUUCACCGAGCUGGUCCACGUCUGCAUUCCCCCUCACCCCAUCGACCCGGCCAAGCUCUGCCCCGAGAUCCAGGAGAUGCGCGCCAAGCUCAUCUCCCUCUGCGGCCGCGCCGAGGGCCUCAUGGAGCAGCACUUCUCCACCCUCCUCGCCGCCUUCGACCGCCCCCUCGACCACCUCCCCCUCUUCCCCUACCACUCCAACUACCUCAAGCUCGCCCGCCUCGAAUCCGACCUCCUCGCCCCCCACUGCCCCCACCCCCCCGCCCGCGUCGCCUUCGUCGGCUCCGGCCCCCUCCCCCUCACCUCCAUCGUCCUCGCCGCCCACCACCUCCGCUCCACCGUCUUCCACAACUUCGACAUCGACGCCUCCGCCAACGCCAUGGCGGCCAAGCUCGUCGCCCCGCACCCGGACAUCGCCGCCCGGAUGGGGUUCUACACGGGCGACAUCAUGCACGUGCCGGGGGGCGUGCUCCGCCAGUACGACGUCGUGUUCCUGGCGGCGCUGGUGGGGAUGGACGUCGAGGAGAAGAUGCAUGUGGUGGAGCAUUUGGCCGCCAACAUGGCCCCCGGCGCCAUCCUCAUGCUCCGCAGCGCCCACGGCGCCCGCGCCUUCCUCUACCCCGUCGUCGACCCCCGCCUCCUCCGCGGCUUCCAGCUCCUCUCCCUCUACCACCCCACCGACGACGUCAUCAACUCCGUCGUCGUCGCCAGGAGGUGCCCCAGCCCCCACCCCCACCCCCACCCCCAACCCCACCCCCACCCGCUUUGCACCAAGUGCUCCGAGAUCCACCCUUUCAAUAACCUGCAGAUCAAUCUCAUCGACGACCUCGUCGCCGUCGAAGACGUCCAUCACUGCUAGCUUAUCAUUAAGUUAUGAUCAUAUCUCUCUCUGCUUUUCAUAUAUAAUUAAACCGUCUGACUCUAAUUCUGAUUGGUUUUAGCAGUCUCGAUCGAGUGUGUGCAUGUUGUUCUUCCAAGAAUUAAAUAACAUCAUAAUGAUGAUUUAUGACCAAUUAAUUUAUUGGUGCUUCUAUUCUAUAUAUAUUCCAUCUUCAUUUAAAUGCCAGACUCAAAAUCGAUUUUCGAUCAGUGAGAUAUAGGUAAUUAAAGUUGGUUAAUUGAAAGUGACGGUAUGCGAGUUAAAGAGAUAUAAUUGGCUCUGUCUUGCGGAUAGAGGAUUCAUCGACUCUGCUUUGCUUUAUGUAUCGCAUUUAUUUUACGAGUUUGUUUUACAUGUAAUCGUUUCAAUGAUCAGUAUUUUGUUGUAAUGUUGAGAAUAUAUAAAUUA